AUGUUGGCUGUUUGCUUAAGAUGGACCAGUACACAAUCGCUACAGCCUUCGUCUAUUGGAAACGGUUUUUCAUUAUUCAGCGGUGGUGCAUCAUGUGUCAACCUUUGUGUGUUUCAGAAGCUCUUAUUGGCGGAGAUGGACAGGGUGGUUAAAGCGGAAGAAGCCCUUCUAGUCACCAUGAACUUCGAUUUUUUCGUCAGUCAUCCGUACAAGCCGAUCUGCUCUGUGGUGAAGGAGUUUGGUUUCACAAACCGGCAAUCUGAAAGGGACCGGACUUUCUUUCAGAUCGCGUGGAACUUCGCCAAUGACAGUUUGCGGACGACGCUCUGCCUUCAGCCGUUUCGGCCGAUGGACAUUGCAGCAGCUUGCGUCAAUCUUUCAGCGAGUGCCUUGAGUGUCCAGCUUCCGAAAGCUGCUGAAGGAGGACACUGGUGGACUAAGUACGGCGUCUCUCCAGAGACUCUUCAAGGUCAGUAG